CAGGCACCCCGAAUCUGAGUGGGGACGCUAUAUUGGACUUUGUGACGAACCUGUGCCGCAUUUCAUUGGAGGAGCUUAAUUCGGCCAAUCCGCGAAUGUAUUCGCUACAGAAAAUAGUGGAGAUCUCCUACUACAAUAUGGACCGUAUCCGUUUGGAGUGGAGCCGAAUCUGGAAAGUGCUGGGCGAACACUUCAAUCAG